UCAGCUUUUUUACACUCCACUCCCGAGGGCGGAGGCACCCUUCUCCCUUUUUAUUUCUCUCCACAUCCCCAAUGUCGCUCACUGCAACGAGAAGACUGGCUCAAAUAUCAGAUCAUACCGUUGUUCGUCCUAUAACAACAAAAGCUUCAAUUCGCUUCGAUUCUCGAAGCCGUAACUUUUAUCGUCAGUUCUUGCCAAUCCAAACACGUUGGUCAGAUAACGAUCAAUACGGUCAUGUCAAUAAUUCUGUAUUCUACCAUUACAUUGAUACUGCGGUCAAUAAUUACUUGAUCGACAAAUGUGACCUUCAACCUCUAUCUAUCACUUCUCCCAUCGGUCUCGUUGUUACAAGCUCUGCCAAUUUUUUCAAGCCUGUGUCGUUUCCAGCUGUCAUCGAAGCUGGUCUUGCAGUCACCAAGAUUGGGAAGUCCAGCGUUACAUACAAAGUCGGCAUUUUCGAGCGAGGAAGUCAACAAGCUAGUGUUGUUGGUGGAUUCACACAUGUAUUCGUGGAACCGAAGCAUCGCAAACCUGUUCCACAGCUACCAUCGGCUAUGAAGGAAGGCAUGGUAUCCAUUCUAGUAGAAGAGACUGACAUAUAGGCGGGUUACCAUAUUGGCACAAACACAUGAAAAUUACCAGUGGAAAUCGUUUUUCUUUUCCCACAUCUCAACAAUUCAGCAUCUCAAGCAUUUGAAAGAUUUCUUCCAGUACUGUUUAUUUCGACAAAUAAUGCUACAUCUAUCUUAACAAGGGU